AUGUAUUCGACCUUUGCAGGCUCAUUGCUGAAGGCCUUGAUCCUCUCCUCACUGCUAGAACCUGCUACGGCACAGACUUACUCGUCAUGCAAUCCCACACUUCAGGGUGGAUGUCCCGCGGACCCUGCUCUAGGUCACAGUCUAGACAUCGAUUUCACAUCUGGCUCCUCGAGCAAAUUUACGGCGUCCGGUAACCCAACCUACGACUCCAAUGGAGCAGCAUUUACAGUGGCGAAAUCGGGCGACGCGCCAUCCAUCUCCUCCAAGUGGUACAUCAUGUUCGGUCAUGUCGACUACGUGAUCAAGGCUGCUCCAGGCACCGGUAUCGUCAGCGCGGCUAUUUUGCAGUCGGACUGCUUAGAUGAGAUUGACUGGGAGUGGCUUGGUGGUGACAAUACUCAAGCUCAGAGCAACUACUUUGGAAAAGGAAUCACGACUACCGGCUAUAAUCGAGGAGCUUUCCACGGCGCAGCUGACAACCAUGACACCUUUCAUACAUACAGCAUUGACUGGACCGCUGACCAGAUUGUCUGGUCAAUCGACGGAACCACUGUGCGAGCCAUGACUCAAGAUCAGGCCGAAUCAGGCCAGUAUCCGCAGACACCAAUGUAUGUCAAACUGGGGGCUUGGGCUGGGGGAGACCCAUCUAAUCCACAGGGAACGAUUGAAUGGGCCGGUGGGCUGACAGACUACUCUGCUGGCCCCUUUACCAUGUAUGUCAAGUCUGUCCACGUCACCGAUUACUCGACCGGGUCCCAGUACUCGUACUCGGGUACCAGUGGCACGUGGCAAUCCAUCGUCUCCAGUGGUGGUCAGAUCAAUGGAGAAGGCGACGGCACACCUGUAUCAUCUGCCCAAGCACCGGCAGUGACCUCACACGUCUCGAACAGCGCUCCACUGGCCUUUGGCAACGGUGACAACACUGAUUCCGUCUCCGCAACUCGAACAGGCUGGCCAUGGUCGGGAACGGCAACUGCAACGGCUGUGACUGUGACCCAAUCCCCUUCCUCGUCGUCUGCGCAAGUGCCAUCGUCGGCUUCAGAAUCGGUUUCUCUUGAGGUUUUCACGUCCUACGAUGGCCAAGGCUUCCCAACGCUUGUCACCAUCGAGUCUGCAGCACCAGUGACUCCCAAAAGUUACGACAGUCAAGGAUUUCUCACCACUAGCACUCAACCUGCGAUGACUGUAGCUUCAUCCACAAAAACACAGCUGGUAACGCCGACCACGAACACAGAUGGUGGAGAUGCGAGUACGGCACCCGUCUCGCCUGCAAGCUCAGCCGCAGGACAGCCCGAGAGCCCGGGCUCUACAACUACACCCAACGAAAGUACGAUUAGUCCAGAGUCCAGUUCUACCCCGGCAAGCAGACCGAGUACUUCCUCAGUCAAUUCUACUGAAGCUCCUUCCACCACCCCGGUCGGCUCGAUUGUUGCAUACUACGCUUCCAGGUUUGACUACGACUUCAGAUACCGAUACUGCACCCAUCCCCAGGUCUACCACCACUACUCCAGGAAACUCGAAUGCUUUGCCUUCAAGCACAUCCGCCGAAGUUCCAAGCAAAACCACGAAUACUGCAUUGCCCUCAGAACAGACUACAACUUUGAAGACAUCUAG